AUGCAUCAGGUGCCACAAGCCACGUUUGCAUCGUUGGCCAGCCUUCGGAGUUCUCAGAUCGAAUCUGCUGCUUUAGCUAUCCCCAGCCCUCGUCCAAGGACAGCAGUCUGGGGCCACGCCAGCUUUGCAGCUCCUGCCCAGCUGUGGUUGUAUGCACCCCAGCGAGCCUUAUCGAGGGCAGCCAACGCCAUUUUCAAAGCAGCUGUCGAUCUUGAACCACCAGCUGCAAUCACCGGCUCUACACCAGCCAAGCCAGCUCCCAGGAAGCGCGGCCGCAAGAAGAAAGCAGAGCAGGAAGUCCAGCCGGCCGUCUCCAGCAACGAGGAAGCCCCAGUCCUGCCAGCUGUUGAUCUGGCAGCCAGCGUGCCACAGGGCGGUGAAUGGGGCAGCGUCAAGCGGUGGGUGGUGUUCUCAGACCUGCAUGUCAGCCACAAAACUGUGGAUGUGGCCUGCCAGGUUCUGCGCCGUGACUUCUGGCAUGUGCGGGGCUCACUGCCGGUGGGGCCCCUUAACCGAGUGCUGGAGGAGCUGCGGCAAUGGCGCCAGCCCACCCUCAUGCUCGUGGGCAACCACGACCAGAGCACGAUAGGGGGUUUGGAGCACGGGCUGACGCCAUUGGCGGAGGCGUGCGGUGCGCUGCACGUGUUUGAUCGGCCGACGGAGUGGGGAGGUGCGCUGUGGCUGCCGUACAGGCGGCAGCGCGCUGAGCUGGAGGCCGCCAUCCGCGCCGCCACCGGCCCUGUCAAAGCAGUCUUUGGCCACGCGGAUGUUAUUGGGGCAUUUGUGAACGAGACAUUCCAGGCGAGGGAGGGAUUCAUGCCGGACCUGUUCCCCGAGGGCGUUCCAACUUUCAUGGGCCACUACCACAAGCCACACACCGUCCAAGGCACCAGCAUCCAAUAUGUCGGCUCCCCGUUCCAAGUAUCCAGGAGCGAGGCGGGGCAGCAGAAGGCUCUGCUCGUGCUGGACAGCGAUUGGCGCGAGACUGACAGGAUACCCCUUGACAUCGGGCCGCGCUUCCACUCGCUCUCCUCUGCCCAGCCAGACUUCCCAACCGACCUGCGCGCCGGGGACAGGGUGAGAUGGACACUGCCGGAUUCCAGCCACCUGGAGAGCGCAGAAAGUACUGUCCAGGAGCUUCAGAGCAAAGGGGUAGUAAUGGAGGUAUUAGCGCCGCCGCCGGUGUCAGCGCCGCGCAUAGAGGCGUCAGAGGAGGCUGGAGCGAUGCCCCUCUUCCAGCUGUACGCAGACCACGUCGGCAUGAGCGCCGCGGCCGUCGCCACAGGCUCAGACAUUCUGAGGGAUUUGGCAGACGAGGGUGCCAGCAUACAGACGGAGGGCGCCACCAUAGAGUUGCACUCAAUGGAACUGGAAGGCUAUGGACCCUACAGGGAGGCGGUGCGGUACGGGCUGCAGGAGCGGGGCAUACGGGUGAUUACGGGGAGCAACCUGGAUGAUGACGGCAGCCAGAGCAAUGGCGCCGGCAAGAGCGUGCUCGUCAUGGCCCCCCUCUGGGCCCUCACCGGCCGCUCCGACGCCCGCUCCGAGGGCGGAGGCAGCAGGGGCCUUACCAUGUCAGACAUAGUGAACGAUGACAGCAAGGCGGCGCGCGUGCGAAUCGACGGCGCUGUCAACGGCCGCAGCUUCACUGUGGAGCGCACCACCCGCAGGAAGGCGCUGGCGGGGCUGAGGUUUGAGUUGGAUGGGGAGGACCUGACGGGGGCUGACUCGCGGCUGACGCAGGCGCAGAUAGAGCGGCGGCUGGCGGUGGGGCUGCUCGCGCGCGCAUCCUUCCACGGUCAGACCGACAUCACCAGCCUGCUCGAGGCGGACGACAGGAAGUUCAAGGAGGAGCUGGGUCGGGUGAUCGAGAUGGACAUAUGGGACUCGGCCAAGGCUGUGGCGGCCGAGCGGCUUAAGGGCGCCAGGCAGCAGCUGAGCGGGCUGGACAGCGAGGCCAGUGUGCGCCAGGAGCUGCUGGCCACUCUCCAGAGCCAGGUGCAAGACGCAGAGCAGAGGAGCGUGCAGUGGGAGAGCGCGCGGCAGGACAGGCAGGCAGCUUCAAGGGAAGCGGGGCAGGCAGCUGCCGCGCAGCUGCAGGCGGAUGCGGCAGAGCUGCAGCAGUGCUGCGUGCGGCUCGAGGCCUGGCUUGCAGCCAAGAGGCAGGAGGCGUCUGCACAGGACAGCCUGACAGAGUCGCUUGGUGGCAAAGAGCCAAAUAAUGGCAGUGUGGGCAGUGCCGGGGAACCCCAGUUACUCAGCAGAAGCUAUGGGAGCAGCUGGGCUGGAGCGCUUGAUCAGGCUGCAGAGCAGCGCCAGGUGGCGGCGCGUCAGGGUGCCACAGCGGUGGCGUCCCGGGAGCAGGAAGAACUGGCGCAGCUGCAGCGCUCGCACCAAGCGCUCCAAAACCGGCUCCUGCUGGAGCGCAGCCAGCUGGGCAGCGCCACCGGCACCCUCCAGGCGAGCCAGAGGCAGGUGCACGAAUACAGCCAGCUGCUGCAGAGCGCCUUUGCCGACGCGGCCGGUCACGGGCAUGCGGCCACGGCGCUGUGCGACCGCUGCCUGCAGCCCAUUGACGAGGCCACCUUCCGCGACAACCUGCAGCGCCUGAGUGCCGACGCCGACAGCGCCGCCACCACGCACCGAGCUGCGGCUGACCAGGCCGGCGCUACUCAGAGGGAAGUGGAGGCGGCGAGGGCGAGGGUGGAGGAGGCGCAGCAGGCGCUGAUAAGGGAGCUGAACCGCGCGAAGGAGCGGGAACGCUGCGCGGCGGCCGAGCGCGCAGCCGCUGCCCAGGAACGGGCAGCCCAGGCACAGCAGACUGCCCGGGAGUGGGCAGCCGCUCAGCAGGCGAUGCAGGCCGCAGCAGCACAGGCACGCCCUGUGGCGACUGCGGAGAGCAUGCUGCAGCAGGCGCAGCAGACACUGCAGCGCUGGCAGGAGCUGCUGGGCGGCAUCCCCGCUGCACUACUUGUGGACACGGAGGCUGCCACUGAUAGCGCCAUCUCCUUUGUCUGCCAGACCUGCUCGUGCAGCAUUCAGCGCACAGAUUCCACCGGAAGGCGCGUGGAGCAGUUGCAGGCGGCGGCGGCUGCGGCGGCGGCCGAGGGCAAUCCGCACGAGGGCGAGGCGGCGCGGCUGGCGGCGCUAGCGGCGGAAGCUGCCGCGACGCUGGCGGCGCUGGGGGGCCGGCGCGUGGACCUGGGCCGCCAGGUCAGCGUGCUUGCUGAGCUGGACGCCGGCUUUGGCCGCACCGGCGUGCAGAGCUACGCGCUGGAGGGCAUCCUGGGCGAGCUGCAGGAGCGGACGCAGCAGUAUUUGGAGCAGCUGGCGAGCGGCUUCUCGCUGCGGCUGUCGGCGUCGCGGCCGGCCGCAUCGGCGCCGUCCACGGCCGUCGAGCGCAUCACCAAAUCGGUGCUCGUGCGCUCGCGCGACCCCGCCACCGGCCAAACUAUCCUCCGCGAACGCAGUCUCAGGCAGUUGAGCGGCGGGGAGAGGCGCAGAGUCGCUCUAGCACUGGUGCUGGGCUUUGCGGAGCUCAUAUCUGCGCGCGGCCGCCUGCGCUGCAACCUGAUGGUGCUGCAGCAGCUGGACGAGGAGGGGUGCGCGCGCGUGGCGGCAGUGCUCAGGCGGCUGCCGCACAGCACCGUGCUGCUGGUGGGGCAGGCGAACACCUACGUGGCGCAGACAUUUGACGCCAUCGAUGUGGUGGUCAAACAGGGCGGCCAAACCACUGUGGAAGUCGCACCCUAG